AUGGCCCGUACCAAGCAGACUGCCCGUAAGUCCACCGGUGGCAAAGCUCCACGUAAACAGCUGGCUACCAAAGCUGCUCGGAAAAGCGCUCCCUCUACUGGUGGAGUCAAGAAACCUCAUCGCUACAGGUAAUUAAAGGGGGGGUGGAAAUAAGAACGUAUGUCUUUUUUUUUUUAACAGCAAUGAGUUCCGGAAAGCAGGCCGGGGUUCAUAUCUACGCACUUAAGAGAUGAUAAGGGCUGUAUUGACAGUACCUUAAAGUACAGUCUGGUUUAGGGAAGUGGUUGCCCACUCCGCAGCACACUUUGCGCCGUUUUCAGGAAUGCUUUUCUGCCAGCAAGAUCUGAAUUUAAAUAUCACAGCUUGAGGCCUUGUUCACACUAUUCUACUAAUUUUGUAGGCCUGGUACUGUGGCGCUGCGAGAGAUUCGUCGUUACCAAAAGUCCACAGAACUUUUGAUUCGCAAGCUUCCGUUCCAGAGGCUGGUAAGGGAGAUUGCUCAAGACUUCAAGACAGACUUGAGGUUCCAGAGUGCAGCCAUUGGUGCUCUGCAGGUAUGAGUGUGUUAAUAGUUACUUUUAACCAGGUAUGCUGUGGGGGAGUGGGGAAAAGGGCUAAUUACAUGUACCAGUUCAUGGUUUCUAACACUGUCUGUCUUGUUUUAAAACAGGAGGCUAGUGAAGCAUAUCUGGUGGGUCUCUUUGAAGACACGAACCUGUGUGCCAUCCAUGCCAAGAGAGUCACCAUCAUGCCCAAAGACAUCCAAUUGGCUCGUAGGAUACGGGGGGAGAGGGCUUAA